AUGUCCUUGAUCCCCUAUCAGCCUCAGGAGGGUCGUGAGAUUGUUCUCCGCCAUCGAAACGCGAUCGUUGUCCGCGAUUCAACAUCCCAUCGCCUCGAGAUUCGGGGCCUCACCGAAUGUCCGACAUGUCGUCGCCCCUUUCCACGCGGCAGCAGCAAUACGGACCGCUCCUUUGAAUCGUCCUAUGACCAACCCACCGGCGACUCGUACGUGGACCCCGAUUACUUCCGCAUGCUGCAGGCGGGAACCCGCGAGUCUCAACCACCAGAAGAUCCACCGAGCUCAGUCAAGCGGUUAUUUCAACCCCCUGCGUUGGGGCACGCGUCGCGGACGCCCCCUCCAACAAGCGUCGAUGAGCCUGAAAGCACCGAAUUCCUCUCGAGCAGCCCUGGUAUCUCACAGAGCGAAGGAACGAGCAUUCGGAAGCAAGCCUUCAGCCCAGGCUACUUUAAAACUUUCUUCAAGGAGGAGAAGGUUCUAGGGAAGGGCGGCAAAGGGGUCGUCCUGCUCGUGCGACAUGAGAUUGACAAUUGCGACCUAGGGCACUUCGCUUGCAAGCGCGUCCCUGUCGGCGAUGACCACACGUGGCUCGAAAAGGUCCUUGUCGAGGUCGGUCUUCUCAACAAACUUUCACAUCCGAAUUUGGUGUCUUACCGACACGUUUGGCUCGAGAGCACGCGCUUGACGAGAUUUGGUCCUAGCGUUGCCUGCGCGUUCAUUCUGCAGCAGUAUUGCAACGGGGGUGACCUGCAUCAGUACAUCGUUGGCAGUGCGCCAAGGGAGGCUACAACGGAAGAGCUCAAGGCGCAGAUGCGCAGGCGCUCCAAAGGACACGCAGAGAGGCCGCAGGAUGUUCUUGGUGGCAGUCGGCAACUUUCCUUCGAGGAGAUCUAUUCCCUGUUCAGGGAUAUCACGUCUGGUGUAGCGUAUCUGCACAGCAACAACUACAUCCACCGCGACCUGAAGCCAAACAAUUGUCUUCUGCACCGGGAAGGCGGGAAGCUGCGCUGUCUGAUCAGUGAUUUUGGCGAGGUGCAGCCUGAACAUGCAAUCCGCAACUCCACAGGGUCGACGGGGACCAUCUCGUAUUGCGCGCCAGAGGUGCUGCAGCAAGACGAAUCCGGGCAGUUUGGCAACUUCACGACCAAAUCGGACAUAUUCUCUCUAGGCAUGAUUCUCUACUUCAUAUGCUUUGGAGCAUUGCCGUACCGAAGCGCCAAUGCGAUACAGGAAGAGCUCGAGGACUAUGACGAAUUGCGUGCUGAGAUCAGCGAGUGGAAGGGAUUCCAAGACGAGCGUCGCAAGAGAGAUGACCUACCCCCAAGACUGUACACGUGGCUGAAAAGGCUUCUAUCCCUGGAUCCGCUCGAAAGACCCAGCGCGAGCGAGGUGUUGAGCGCGUUGAGAGGUGAAAGUGUGUUUGGAAAUAACAGUCACGAUCGCGUGCAGAAUCUGGACUCGCCAGCCAGAGGCAGCACCCCUGUCCCAGGGUCUACAGGUCUAGAGAAGCCACGCGCGCCGCAUGUUCUGAGCACCGUGGAGCGGCCGCAUCCUCUGGCUUUGGUGCAAAAUCAAGAGUAUGCCGAGAAUGAGACGUCGUCGCCAGAUGCAUUACGGUCGCCUCCAUUGUUGAUGGCACCUCCCAGGAGCAUCAUGACUGAGCUACGGCACCAGACAAAUCUGUUCCUGGUCGCCACUGGAUUUGAUGGAGAUACUUUGAAUCAAGGCAUCCGUCUCGGAUUCUUCCUCGUCAAGAUUCUGACAUUGCUGCGUCCUUGCUGGCCGUAUACUGUCCGCCUCGACGUGGGCGUGCCUUUACUUCUGGUUGCCGCACUAGACAUGCGGGUGCCCUCGUCCGGUGAGUACCAACUGGCGAGACAAAGCUCUGAAGGAGAUAUUGAGUUCGGACCGUCGCGAUGGCGAGGUCUACUGUCAAGCCUGGUAAUGAUUGCGCUGCACGCAAUGUGUUUGUGGAUCGCCGGGUCGCAAGAUGCACUUUGCGCUUUGUCGUAG